AUGGCGCCCACCACCACCACCAUCCCCUCCAAUGCCCAGUACGACUUUGUCAUCGUCGGCGGCGGCACCGCCGGCUGCGUUAUUGCCUCGCGCCUCUCUGAAUACUUGCCCGAUAAGAAGGUCCUGUUGAUCGAGGCUGGCCCAAGCGACUUCAUGGACGACCGCGUGCUCCUGCUCAAGGACUGGCUCAAUCUGCUGGGCGGAGAGCUCGACUAUGAUUAUGGCACCACUGAGCAGCCCAUGGGCAACUCGCACAUCAGACACUCGCGUGCCAAGGUCCUCGGCGGCUGCUCUUCUCACAACACCUUGAUCUCUUUCAGGCCGUUUGAAUACGACUGCAAGAGGUGGGAGGCUCAGGGCUGCAAGGGCUGGACCUUCAAGACCUUCACCCGCGUCUUGGACAACCUGCGCAACACCGUCCAGCCUGUGCACGAGAAGCACCGGAACCAGCUGUGCCUGGACUGGGUCAACUCUUGCUCCACGGCCCUCGACAUCCCCGUCAUCCACGACUUCAACCACGAGAUCAAGACCAAGGGCGGUCUCAAGCCCAGCGUCGGAUUCUUCUCCGUCUCAUACAAUCCCGACGAUGGCCGACGAAGCAGCGCUUCCGUAGCCUACAUCCACCCCAUCCUCCGCGAAGAGGAGAAGCGGGAGAACCUCACAGUCCUGACCAACGCAUGGGUCAGCAAGAUCAACGUCCAAGGCUCCAAGGUCCUCGGCGUGAACGUGACGCUCCAGAACGGCGAGCAGCGUGUCCUCUCCCCCAAUUGCGAGACCAUCCUCUGUGCCGGCGCCGUCGACACACCUCGCCUCAUGUUGCUCUCUGGUCUCGGUCCCAAGGACCAGCUCUCUUCCCUCAACAUUCCUGUUGUCAAGAACAUACCGGGCGUUGGCGAGAACCUCCUCGAUCACCCCGAGAGCAUCAUCAUCUGGGAGCUGAACAAGCCGGUGCCUCAGAACCAGACCACCAUGGACUCGGACGCUGGUAUUUUCCUGCGCCGCGAAGUCCCCAACGCGGCGGGCGGAGACAGCGACUGGGCAGAUGUGAUGAUGCACUGCUACCAGAUUCCCUUCUGCCUAAACACGUCAAGACUCGGCUACGACACCCCCAUCGAUGCCUUCUGCAUGACCCCAACAUCCCCGCCCCGCUCCCGAGGCCGCGUCUACCUCACCUCCUCCGAUCCCACCAUCAAGCCCGCCCUCGACUUCCGCUACUUCACCGACCCGGAAGGCUACGACGCCGCCACCAUCGUCGCCGGUCUCAAAGCCGCGCGCCAAGUCGCUCAACAAGCCCCCUUCAAGGACUGGCUCAAGCGCGAAGUUGCGCCGGGUCCAGAUGUCCAGACCGAUGAGCAGCUCUCCGAGUACGGCCGCCGCGUCGCGCAUACCGUGUACCAUCCCGCUGGUACGACCAAGAUGGGCGAUGUUAGCAAGGAUGAGUACGCUGUCGUAGAUCACGAGUUGAAAGUCAGGGGUCUGCAGGGUGUGAGGAUUGCGGAUGCGGGUGUCUUCCCCGAGAUGCCGACCAUCAACCCUAUGUUGACGGUUUUGGGUAUCGGCGAGAGGGCGGCUGAGCUGAUUGCCCAGGAGUGGGGAUGGAAGGGCUUGGAGAAGCAGAAGUUGUAG